AUGGCUCCGACAAAGAAAACCUUCAACGUACUUACUUACUAUGAAGAGAAUGAUAACGACCGCGUGAAAUGUAAAACAUGUUCGCGUGUUUUAAAACAAGAUCGUGUUUUUAAUUUAAAGAAACAUUUACUAUUGCAUGACAUACGACCUGUGCAAAAAGAAAACAAUUCUGAUUCCAAAAAGAACAUGAAACAUCAACAGAUAAAAGUUCAAAUCAGUAAAAAAAAAUUAGUGCGUUCAUACAUUGGUCUUGUCACUGACGACGGCGUUCCGUUCAAUGUGCUUAAUUCCGAUAAUAUGCGUAAUAUAAUUGAUCCUUUAAGUCAAGGUCUUAAAGACAAAAGUGGAAAAAACUUCAUACUAAAUGGAAGCAAGUGUAAAGCUGCACUAGAACAAGUAGCAGCGAAUAUUAAACUCGAAAUACAAGAAGAAUGUAAAAACCGCCUGAUAUCUUUAAAAAUUGAUAGUGCAACACGGCUUGACCGAAACAUAUUCGGCAUCAGUGCGCAAUUCAUUAGCAAAAAUGAAAUUAAAUCACGAAUUCUUGGUAUGGUGGAACUCAAAGGAGCUGGGUCAAGUGCAUCCAAAAAUCUGGCCAAAGAAAUUGUUUCCGUUUUAGGCAAAUAUGAAAUAGCACUAAGCCAAAUUGUAUCAAUUACAUCAGAUAACGGCGAUGACGAUACUGGCGAAGCCUGUAUUCUACAGAAUAUUGAGUACUCAAAGCAAAUCGACCUUUUCGACACAACAGAAAAUAUUUGUGUUGGUGAAAUACAAAUAUGUCGAUGUGCAGCGCACACUGCACAGCUUUGUGCACUUGACGUUACAAAAAAUACAACUAUUAGGGAGUAUUUGUUUCAGUGCCGAAAUCUAGCCAAAUACAUUCGGAAGCCAUCAAACGGUUACCGUGAUUUGUUUGAGUUAAGAAAUUUUACAUUACCUCAAUUGGAUUGCCCAACUAGAUGGGGAUCUACUUAUAACAUGAUUGACCAACUGAAUAAAGCGAAAAGUAUAUUAAGCCUUAUUGAAACUGUAGAAAAUAAUUCACAAGACGAACAUAUAUUAGUGAAUGAACUGUUAUGGGACUUCAUGGACUCCUACGUUACUAUUAUGGCUCCACUGCAAAAAACUAUAGUGCAGUUCCAACAAGAACAGUUGCACUACGGAAACUUCUAUGCUCUGUGGCUGGUUUGCAAACUGUCUACGAAUCAGAUUGUAACAACAAGCACUUCAAGUAAAGAUUCCAUUAUUUAUACAAUUGGAGAGAUGCUUAUUGAAAGUAUGGAAACACGAACUAAAAAAUUAGUGUCUAAUGUUGGCUUUGACGCUUGUUUAUACUUAGACCCAAGAUUCCAACAUAUACUUGACGGUUCACAAAAACAAAGAGCAAUACAUUUUUUAAAGACAUUGUGGGCACAAAUAAAAAUCCACAGUCCAAUCCAAAACUUAUCAAUAACAAAUUCAAAGACUUCGGAUACUGAACAUAGAGAAAGUACUUUAGAUCUUUUGGACGACUUUUUGAGUAUUGGCGUUGUUCCAAAUGAGUCAACAGAUGUCCAUAGAAAGAUUGAAAUGUUGAAGUUGCCAUAUAUGAAAUCUAGCACAAAUGUUUUAAAUUUCUGGAAAGAGAGAAAGUCAAGCGAUCCAGAGCUUUAUGCUCUAAGCAAAAUAGUUUUUGCUAUACCACCCACUCAAGUAACAAUAGAGCGGGCGUUUUCGUCUUUAAAACUGGUGUUAUCGGAUAACCGAAAUCGAUUAAGUCACCACACAUUGGAAAAUAUACUUUUGGUCCGGCUUAACUCAACUCACUUAGAUAGUGCCAUAGAGAAUUUGAAUUUGUUUGUAGACGAGGAUUAAUUUAAGUUUCAAAAAGCAUAAGUUAUUGUCCUUAUUAUUUACUUAUAUUUAUUUUAAUACAACUUAUUUAAUACAUUAAUUCGAAUACGGUGACUGAAUAACAUA